AUGUGGCUACCAUCACGUCCAGGGAAAACUAAUUCCAAAAGUCUGAAGAGGGCCGGUGGGCGGGCCCCUGACGGCGACAAAAACCCUUCUCCCCAGAAGAGGUAUUUUGUCUAUACAGCACUUUCAAGAAUAAACGGGCAGGCUGAUCCUGACCCAUUCCAGGGAACCCCUUCAACAUCUUGGUUCCUUUUCCGGUUCUGCAAUCUCUCUUCUCUGAGCUGCAGACAGUAUUCCCAGGGAGGCCACCCUGCAGCUGUAGCACCACAGGGCUGGCAAUCUGACACGGAAUCCCUUGAGCCGCGGGAGCCCCUUCUGUUGCUGGUGCACAGGGAGAGCUCGCCUGAUCCCCGGUCUUUGCCUACUUUUGGUGGCUCAAGCAACAGCCCUUCUCUUUCCCCAAAGCCUCCUGUCCAUCCUGCUGAGCAGCUGCCUGUCCUGCCCUCCGUCCACCGCUGUGUUGGCAGCGCGUUGUGCCAGGGGGCUCCAAGGGGCCAUGGUGGAAACGGCCUCCCCACCAGCAGCAGCAGACCUGGCCAAGGCCCUCGGGAGCGCCUGAAUCUUUUGGCCCUCACUUGUUUGCACUUGGAAAUAGAGCACAGGUGCUGUCAGGGGGCGUCGCCUGUGCUUGGGCAAGCAGGGGGCAGCAAAACCAGCCCCUCCCCUCUCAGCAGCUUCCAGGGAGUCUGGCGGGGAGGCCGAGGCCGGGCUCGCCGGCGGGGUGCAGCAGCCAGCCAGCCAGGCCUCGCUCGGGCUCCGGGGUCCGCCGCCAAAGGGGGACAGCAGGGCCGGGGCGCGCCCAGCCGGAGGGACUCUGCGGGCGACGGAGCGUCCGGCCUCCCAGGGGCGCAGCUGCUGCUGGUGCUGGUGGCCUCGCGGCAGCUGGCAGAGCAGGCCCGGCCCGGGUCAGGCGACCAGGCACUGCGAGCGGCGGCGGCAGGCACCGAGCGCCUCGCACAAAGCACAAAGGCGGCGUCUGUGCUGCUGGGACGGGGGGAGCCCCGCCGGAGGACCGAGGGGGGGGGUGGGGCGGGGGGGCGCUGCUGCUUCAGGGCCAGGAACAGGCGACGCCGGCAGCAGCUGCCACACCCGCCGCGGCCACCAUCGCAGCACCAACAGCCGCGCAGCGGGGGCCGGAGGGCGACCCCACCUGCCGCCGGACUCUCUCCUUCUCCAGAGCUUCGCACCGGCCUCGGGGCCGCUGCGGGGAGGGGACAGCGCAGCCCCCCCCCCCCCCGCGCGCCUCGGGCUCACUCGAGGAAGUUCCCCUCGCUGCACCGGGACGAGUCAAGGGAGCCCCGCUCAGCUGGCAUCCCGGCCGUCCUCCCCGUCCCAUUCCAGCCUCACAACAGCCCUGCAAGUCGGGCCUGGCCUAGGACUGCCCCGGGAGGCCACGGGAAAGCGGCGCUGGCCGGUCCGAGCCACACACGCGGCCUUCAGGCCCCCGGUCCGCCGCCGCCUCUUGCGGCUCCUCUUGGGCAGCCCCCUCCGCCGGGCCCCGGCCGCCCCCCGCCCCUGGGGAGGCCUCGCCUCGAGCAGCCUGGCGCCUGGCGCGCCCUCGCCGGCCUGGCCAGGAGGGGGGUCCCCCGCGGCGGGCUGCCUUUCCUCCUCGCCCCGCAGCAGCCCGGCUCGCGCCUCCUCCGCCCCGGCCCGGCCCUCCGGCGCGGCGUCGCACAGCCCCCCCGCCCCCCCCCCCGGCGCUUCUGCACCAGCCGCAGAAUUUGCCGCAGUGUCUGGCGCGGGGGCGCGCGCGCAGCCAACUGCGCGAGGCGGAGCGCGCGUCCGCCCGACUGCCUCCCCCCGAGUCGGCCAGGGACCGGCGCGCCCCCCGGCGGCGUCACGCCUUCGCCGCCCCCGCCCGCCCGCCUGACCCCCGCCCGCCCGCCCGCACGGGCCGGAGCCCGGCACCCGCCGCAGCCCCGUCCGAGGGCGUGGCGCCGAGCGAGCAGAGCCCGCGGUCUGCGGCGGGGAGUCCGGCGCCCUUCUCCCCGGGGCGAGGCCAGGAGGGCGGCCGGCGGCCCCCGGGGCCUCCUCCCUGCCCCUCCCCCCGCGGCUGCAGCACCUACCGUGACGGGGGGGUCGGUCAAUGGGCCGGGCGUCGAGGGUCCCGGCGCGCCCGCACGGAGGAGGAGGAGGACGAGGAGGAGGAUGCCGGCCGGGCCUGCGCUGCGCGGGGCAGCUGGCGGCGGCGGCGGCGGCGGCCUUAACCCCUCCGCCGCCGCGCCCGCCGGAGCUGCCUCAACCCGCGCCACAGGCCCAGGCGGGCGCGCUUCCCAAGGUCGUCCCGGGAGGCCGCCGCCGCCGAGAGCCGGGGGAGGGGGGGCGGUCCUGCCAUAG